AUGAAUGAUACCGACGAUGAGGACAACACAUUUUCGCUUGCUGAAAAUGUUCUCGAUGCAGCGAUUCACCCAUUGAGCAGCGUCAAUCCCCCGCCGAUAGACCUUCCGGACCUCCUCGAUAGUCUGAUCGAUAGCGAAAGCAAGCUCGUAGGGAAGAUCGAACUCUGCGAUCAAUUAGCAGAUGGGUUGGCAAGAAGAAUUUUACACAUCAGAAACAAGCUAGAGAGGUUGCAAAGGCGGUACCCGGAAUGGCGGUCAAAGGUUAAUCCGUACGCUGAUGGGGUGCCCCGGAAGAACAAGAACAAGAUGCAGGUGGCCUUUGAGCAGCAGGAGGUUGUAUUCUCACGAAUGCUGAUGCAACUGAACUUCUUGCACUUCUGUCUCUUCACCCGUUUCCUCGGAGAAAGGCACAGCCAUCCCGGGAUUGAGAUAGCCAAUUCCAGACAUCUUCACUGCGUCGAUGGAUGUGAAUGGUAUCUCUUGCACGGCCCGUACGAGUGGUCGGGGCAGCCUUAUGGCAAGCUAUGGCAGGCAGAGAUGAAUCAUACUAACUGGGACUGGGUAGCUGUGAGAAAGCAUAUCAACGACUUGAUUGAGAAUAGCAGAGCAAAGGCAAGCGACAAUAUGGACUUGUUGCACUCUCACCUAUUGAAAUUCGUGCCCUUCUGGUUCUGGGUUGAAGACUAUGAGUCCUGGACAUUGCAGGCCAAAAUCUCGGCAAGAGCAGAUGAACAAGGAAGAAAGCUUGAAAGAAUUACCACAGUGGUCCGGUAUCAGAAAUCAACAGGGCAGUUGGAGCAGGAGCUGGAGCGAGCACGAACAGUAGUCCAGCAGAAGAAAGAGCAAACGGGAGAGGAAUGUACCACCCCAACCAUUGAUGACAUUGAUCCUUUUGGUGUUCAAGAUUUGCAUCCUCACAUCGUGUUCGACGGCAAAGUUUUCAUCCGUGAGUGGGCAGAGGGUGCUGAGGCCAAGGUGAUAGACAGCUGGCUUGAUUAUUGGGGUUUUCAGCAGUGGUUGAGGCAGAUGCAACCCACAAGGCCUUGA